AUGGAUAAAUCAUAUUCCAAUUACCGUUGCUAUAGUUACGAGGAGCUUUUGAUACAAACAUUCCAGGUACAAACACAUCACAAUGAUCAUCGUCAAAUGAAAUUUCAAAUCAUUUCAUAUUCACUUAUUUUUGCUAAUUUAUUUCAUUUUAUACAAUGUCUUCAAUGCUACGAAAGUGUUGGAAAAACUGUGUCUCGUAAAGUUUGUUCACCAAAACAAGAGAAGCAUGAAAUGUGUUUUGCGACUAAAUUUGGAGCUGAUGGAAUUUGUAUUAGAGGAUGCUCCUAUGAAAUUAUUCACUAUGGCUCAUAUGAAUUUAGCUUAAAUUGUUCUGAUGCAGGAUGUAUGCAUGGUUUAGGAUGUUGCUGUAAAGGUGAUCUCUGCAAUGAUCAGUGUCCCAAUGAAGCAACAACAAUCCGAUACUUAGAACGCAAUUGCUGCAAUUUUUGCAAUUUCUCGUGCUGUACGAUCAGAAGUGAACAAACAUUUUUCCGAAGUACCACAACAAACUGA